AUGGUAGCCAUUGCUUGUUGUUUCAGUGGUCUCCCCACGCCGUCAAUAAGACCUCAAGGACUCGUUGGGCAUUUCCCAAAUCUUCAUUGCCCCUCUCUCAAGUUUGCCCAUUUGAGAACCAACUUCAAUACACCCAUGGCCACAACCCCCUUCCAAGUCUCUGCAUCAUCAUCAUCAUCAUCCACCAUUGGUGCACCAGAUGAAGAAAAGGAGGCAGCCUCUUCUGGGAGGGUGGGAGCCAAUGACCUGCUGAUUGUGGGGCCAGGAGUUCUCGGGCGCUUAGUGGCACAAAAAUGGCGGGAGGAGCAUCCUGGGUGUGAAAUACAUGGGCAAACAAUGACAGUUGAUCACCAUGAGGAGUUGAGUAAGGUGGGUAUUAAUCCAUGUUUGAAGGGGACCAAAACCACCCACAAGUUUCCUUAUGUAAUCUUUUGUGCUCCACCAUCAAGAACCUCGGAUUAUCCUGGUGAUGUUAGACUGGCUGCAUUGAACUGGAAUGGUGAAGGUUCUUUUUUAUUUACUUCAAGCUCUGCACCAUAUGAUUGUAACGACAAUGGUCCAUGUGAUGAGGACACUCCAGCAGUGCCAAUAGGGAGGAGCCCCAGGACUGAUGUCCUUCUUAAAGCAGAAAAAGUAGUGCUGGAGUUUGGGGUAGAGGAAAGCUUUCACAGGUUUGGGAGCAUCUUAGUAUUUUUCAUAUUUGAAAGUGACCUUAACUAUGCCUACAAAUCAGAUAGAGGUGCACAUGUUUAUUGGUUACACAAGGGGAUCGUAGAAACUCGUCCAGAUCACGUCCUGAAUCUUAUACAUUAUGAGGAUGCGGCUUCCCUCUCUGUUGCAAUCUUGAAGAAGAGAUUGCGUAACAGGAUCCUCUUGGGUUGUGACAAUCAUCCGUUGUCCAGGCAAGAAGUAAUGGACUUGGUUACUAAAAGUGGGAAAUUUUCAGGAGUGUUUGAGGGUUUUACAGGAACUACUGAUCCUUUGGGCAAGAGAUUAAACAACUCAAAAACUCGUGAAGAAAUAGGUGGUGGGAAGUAUUGGUUUAAGUUGACCCAAGUAAUGUUUGCCAUGGAGCUGCUCAAGUUUAGAGCUUCAAGCUUGUGCUUUGUAGAGGUGACAUAUAUAUCUAUAUUGCAUAUGGGGAAGUAUUGCUGUUCUGAAGAUGAUGAUGGUGGUAUUAAUCUCGCAGCAGUUCUGGUGGUGAUUGUCGUAGCUCUUCUCAUUAUGACAGUUUUCUCUCCACCACCGCGGCGUGGCCGGGUUGUUGCCGUGUAUCGCUGCUGUUGA